GCGGACUAGUGCGGACACGACCAAGUGGACCGGACGCUGGUUUGCGCACCGCCCAUCUCCCCUAUCACCGGCUUCAGUCGUCUGUUGGCGGCGCGAUGCGAGGCAGCAGGGCGGGCGGAGAUGUUGACGGAGAGCGACCCCCUCUGUAGCCGGCAGUGAUGGACUAAAAUCGCCGUGUCUUUUUUUUUUUUUCUUGUCUACCUCCAUCUCGCUUCCUUCCAUCUCUCGCCAGAGCCGUGCGGAGCGAGCAGGAUGUGGGCGAUGCUGCCACAAGGGAUUCAUUGUGGCUUCACUCAGAUGAACACCCGUUGCAUGCCUUGAAACAGGAGAGUGUUUUUUUUCUGCACCUGUUCAAUCAGGAGAUUUUGCUCUGCAGCAGCUCAUCACCUGAAAGUGGCACUGGAAUGAUACCCUGAGGUGCACCGCCCUAAGCCAGGCCCCUGGAGAGGCGACGGAGAUCGCUGUCUCCAUCCCCUUCUUUCUGCGCCUCCACUAUUAAAGCGCCACUGUGAUGCGGGGAAGGACCCCUCUGAUCUGGGAUCAGCCGGGUGUUAGAUGGCCUGAUCUCAACAUCAAAACAGCUGGGGGAGGGCCUCUCUAGUGAACAUCCCUCUACCACUGCGCGGUAGCACAUGGAUUUCAAGACCUCAAAUGAAGAGACAAAGACUGGGAUUUAUUUGAUGCAAGAAGGUAAUGAGGAGCCGUUUAAUAUUCGACUGCACUUGGCUAAAGAUAUUCUGACCAUUCAGGAGCAAGAUGUCAUCUGUGUGUCGGGAGAACCUUUCUAUUCCAGCGAGAGGACUGUAACGAUCCGGAGACAGACGAUCGGAGGGUUUGGCCUCAGCAUCAAGGGUGGUGCGGAGCAUAAAAUCCCCGUGGUGGUAUCCAAAAUAUCCAAAGAACAAAAAGCGGAACUCUCUGGGCUGCUUUUCAUUGGCGAUAGCAUCCUGCAGAUAAAUGGAAUAAACGUGAGAAGCUAUCGCCACGAGGAAGUGGUUCAGGUUUUGAGAAACGCUGGUGAAGAAGUCACCCUUACUGUUUCUUUUCUAAAGAAGACUCCAGCCUUCCUCAAACUGCCUCUUUGUGAGGACUGCACGUGUAUCCCCAGUGACCAGAGCAGUGGGACCUCAUCUCCUUUGUGUGAUAGCGGCCUGCACUUGAACUACCAUCCUAAUAACACGGAUACGCUGUCCUGCUCGUCGUGGCCCACGUCCCCUGGGCUCCGCUGGGAGAAAAGAUGGGUGGAUCUCCGCCUCAUACCGCUGUUGCACUCUCGCCUCUCUCAGCACAUGCCGGGCUCUGACGUGUGCAGAAAAAAUGCUUUCCAGGUCAUUGCUGUGGACGGCGUGUGCAGCGGCGUGCUCCAGUUCCCCUCGCCCGAGGACUGCUUGGACUGGCUUCAGGCCACGGGCGGCAACAUCUCCAAUCUCACCAAGCACAACGUGAAGAAGAUCAACCGCAAUUUUCCAGUCAACCAGCAGAUCAUCUACAUGGGCUGGGCCGACGAGAAGGAGCAGGACUCAGUCCAGGACCGAAUGUACUCGCCAAAGUUUCUGGCUUUAAGGGGUUCCUCUCUUUUUAAGUUCUGUGCUCCUCCGGUGACAACAUGGGACUGGACCCGAGCAGAGAAAAGCUUUACUGUUUAUGAAAUCAUGUGCAAGAUUUUAAAGGACAACGACCUGGUGGACAAGCGGCAGCACUGCUUCAGCGUGCAAACAGAGAGCGGCGAGGAUAUGUUCUUCGGCGUGGAGCUCGAGUCGGAGCUGCUGGUUUGGGAAAAGGCCUUCCAGAUGGCCACUUUCCUGGAAGUGGAGAGGAUACAGUGUAAAACGUACGCCUGUAUCAUGGAGAGCCACCUUAUGGGACUAACUGUUGACUUCAGCAUGGGCUUCGUGUGCUUUGAUGCCGCUUCUAAGGCUGUUCUGUGGAGAUACAAGUUCUCUCAGCUGAAAGGAUCAUCAGAUGACGGCAAAAGCAAGAUCAAGUUUUUAUUCCAAAACCAAGACUCCAAAUCCAUCGAAGCAAAGGAACUGGAGUUUUCCAACCUAUUUGCGGUGCUUCACUGCAUUCACGCUUUCUUCGCUGCCAAAGUGGCGUGCCUUGACCCCGUGUUUGUGGAGAGCCAGGCCACAGCCGCCAACGCCGGCAUCCCUUCUCUGUCGAGCCUCUCGUGCAAUUCGCACACUCCCAAACUAAAAUUCACCACUUGACGCAGCACCUCUGGAUUAGUCACGACUCUGUAGCUUAAGAUGGGAGAAAGACAAAAAAUACUUCAUAAAGACUUCCUCAGGGGAAAAAAAGUCUGGAAUUUCUCAUAAAGCCUUUCUGGGACUUUGAGAAUACAAAAAGACUCAAUGGACACCAAGUGUGCAAUGUGAACAUCUUUUUAGGCCAACCUUCUGGGACAUCCUUAUUAUUAGUAAAAUUAUUAUGAUCCACACAUCACAACAAGAAAAAACAAGUGGUCUACUUUUGUAUGAACGCUUACUGAGGUUUUGGAAGGAUAUCUCUGCUCACUUUUGGUUUGCUUGCACUAUAUGUGCAAAAGGGGACAUACAUCUUCAAUUAUUUAGGGAUCCAGGGGUUCGCUCCCUUUUUAUUUGUAUUUGUGUUACUUCUGGAAAAGUGAGAUUUAAUUAUGUCCAUCAAAAAUAUAACAGUUUAUUCCUCGAAGUGUGACACAUUGUCAUCUAGUUUUAUGAUUUAAUUUAAACAAAUAAGGUGGCACAAUUGUGAUAAAUAGAAUUAUUCUACACUUCCUGUCCGGACUGUUAAAAUUCCCAGCGUAAUUAAAUGCGUCACAACAGGGGGUUCUCUCCCUUUUUAUUUGUAUUUGUGUUACCUAUGGAAAAGUGAGAUGUAAUGAUGUCCAUCAAAAAUACAACAGUUUAUUCCUCGAGGUGUGACACAUGGUCAUCUCGAUUUAUGAUUUAAUUUAAACAAAUAAGGUGACACAAUUGUGAUAAACAGAAUUCUUCCACACUUCCUGUCCGAACUAUUAAAAUUCCCAGGGUACUUAAAUGCGUCAUAACAAAGCACGUCCACGUGACAUCCUUCUCUUCUUCAGUUGGUCAGCCGUGGGCGCGCAACAAUUCAUCCAUCCAUUUUCUACUGCUUGUCCCUCUCAGGGUAGCGGGGGUGGCUGGAGCCUAUCCCAGCUGCAUUCGGGCGGAAGGCGGGGUGAACCCUGGACAAUAAAUGAAACUUAAAAUAUUGAUAUGACUAAUGGAACAGACAUAAUUACACGAGCAAACUACAAGUACAUUUCAAGAGGAAGUGGCGGUGAAAAUCAGUGCUAACUGCUAGCAAACACAAAGAAGAAUUGUUCAGGUAAGUCACCGGUUGUAUUUAUUUCCUAAUUGUAGUUACGUCAACAAUAUGUUGUUUAGACUCUUACUUGAUGAGUUUGUCUGAUGGAGCUGCUUUCAAACCACACAAACGAGCACCCUUAAAUACAGCUGCCAUGUAAAAAUAGCAGUCGACAACAACUGUACAAACGGUGAUGGGCAAGCUACAAGGAAAAUGUAGUUAACUAAGCUACUACUUACUCUCAAUUAAAUGUAGCUAAGCUACGGGGUGAACUAUCCCCACAGAACUGUAGAAAGCUACACUACAAGUUACACGGCAAAAGUAGCCUACUACAUCAGGGGUCCCCAAACUAUGGCCCGCCAGCGUCAAAAAUCCAGCCGGUUAAAGGGGAACAUUAUCACAGUUUCAGAAGGAUUAAAACCAUUAAAAAUCAGUUCCCAGUGGCUUAUUUUAUUUUUCGAAGUUUUUUUCAAAAUUUUACCCAUCACGCAAUAUCCCUAAAAAAAGCUUCAAAGUGCCUGAUUUUAACCAUCGUUAUAUACACCUGUCCAUUUUCCUGUGACGUCACACAGUGAUGCCAAUACAAACAAACAUGGCGGAUAGAACAGCAAGGUAUAGCGACAUUAGCUCGGAUUCAGACUCGGAUUUCAGCGGCUUAAGCGAUUCAACAGAUUACGCAUGUAUUGAAACAGAUGGUUGUAGUGUGGAGGCAGGUAGCGAAAACGAAAUUGAAGAAGAAACUGAAGCUAUUGAGCCAUAUCGGUUUGAACCGUAUGCAAGCGAAACCGAUGAAAACGACACGACAGCCAGCGACACGGGAGAAAGCGAGGACGAAUUCGGCGAUCGCCUUCUAACCAACAAUUGGUAUGUGUUUGUUUGGCAUUAAAGGAAACUAACAACUAUGAACUAGGUUUACAGCAUAUGAAAUACAUUUGGCAACAACAUGCACUUUGAGAGUGCAGACAGCCCAUUUCAGGCGCGCUAAGAACAUAUAUUUUUCCACCAUUUCAGCACUCAGGUUAACCAUACUUAAAUAGACACAAAAUACUGCAUUACACAAGACUACCCGAAUGUACUCGAAUGAUUGAAAAAAAUAAAUGUUUUUAAGCUAAAUUAUUGGUAAACACAGUUUAUGUAUAAUAAUUUACGUAAAACCGCGAGUAAUGAAUAAAGUUUUCAUCAAUUAAUAUAUUCUGUAGACAUACUCUCAUCCGCUCUCUUUUCCUGAAAGCUGAUCUGUCCAGUUUUGGAGUUGAUGUCAGCAGGCCAGGGAAGCUAGGGUCGAUAUUCUUCUCUUGAUCAUCUUCGGUGGCAUAAGGGACGGUAGAAGUGGUGUGAGCCAAGACAUCCAGGGGGUUUAGCUCGCUCGUCUGCGGGAACAAACUGCCGCCAUUGCUUGCCGUGGUACCGAGGUCCUUUGUCCCUGAAUAGCUCACACACUCCGGUAGAUUCAAUGGGGGUCUGGCGACAGAUUUCUUUGACUUUAUCGUUGGAAAUGCAUCUGCUUUGAGUGUCGCAGGAUAUCCACACAUUCUUGCCACCUCUGUCGUAGCAUAGCUUUCGUCGGUAAAGUGUGCGGAACAAACGACUGACCAUUUCGUCAGCUUACCCCACACCCUCGUAUUUUGAACAAAUUUCGUCCAAUUUCUUGCCACUUUCGCAUCUUUGGGCCACUGGUGCAACUUGAAUCCGUUCCUGUUCGUGUUGUUACAUCCUCCGACAACACACCGACGAAAGUGAGAAAAUGGCGGAUUGGUUCCCGAUGUGACGUCACAACGUGACGUCAUCGCUCCGAGAGCGAAUAAUAGAAAGGCGUUUAAUUCUUCAAAAUUCACCCAUUUAGAGUUCGGAAAUCGGUUAAAAAAAUAUAUGGUCUUUUUUCUGCAACAUCAAGGUAUAUAUUGACGCUUACAUAGGUCUGGUGAUAAUGUUCCCCUUUAAAAAAAUAUAUUUUUAUUUUAUUUUAUUAUUAUUAUUAUUAUUAUAUUUAGAAAUCUGUCCUUUCUAAUCCAUUUUCUACGGCUUGAUACUCUCGGUGACUCCUAGCCGCUCAGUCUAAAAAUGCACUUUCCCAUCGACAACGUGACAUCAUCGCGAGCGCGCGGCAAGUGCGCGCUCUUUCAGUCAAUUAGUUUGCUAGGAAUUUAUAUAUGUAAAAUAUGUGCAGCCCGGCCAAAUUGCUUUAACGCAUUGCGGCCCCCGAGUCAAAAAGUUUGGGGACCCUUGUACUACAUCAACAAUACAUAUUGAUUAAUCUCAAAUUAAUGUACAACUUUCCACCAAACAAAUCGGCAGAGAAUAAAUGCGCAGUUUGAUAGUUUAUUUUAGUUAACACAAACUGGAAACAUGCCCUCUGUCUGGCUUUUUUAACAUAUGAACAUUUCUUUUAACUUGCAAAGUUGGGGUACCUUUUACAAAAUUAGGGGGGGGGCACUGGAAACAAAUUCAAUCAAAGGCAGUGAAACAAUAACAAUAAUAUUAAAUAAACCCCAAAAUAUAUGCUCUAUUGCAGUGGUUCUUAACCUUGUUCGAGGUACCGAACCCCACCAGUUUCAUAUGCGCAUUCACCGAACCCUUCUUUCGUGAAAAAUAAUUUUUUAGGAUGGAUGGAUUUGCAUUCCAUUUUCUCUCUUUGUAGCUUUUAUGGACACUACUUCGUUACAUGGGUCUAAAAGUAGCUAAGCUACACCAGUCACUAGUGGUUCAAAAAGUACAGCCAUGCUACUGGGAAAUGUAGUUAAGCUACUUGUGGCUCGUUAACGCCCAUCACUGUGUAAAAAGAACUAAAAACUAACAAAAAUUACUCAUUGCACAAUCAAUGCGAGUAUUAAGCUUGUAAGGUCCAUAUGAGUAUGUUUGGAUGAGUUGGGUGUGAAAGAACAAGUCUAUUAAACACCCUUAGGCCCCGUUUACACUGCACACCAAAUCAGAUUUUUUUUAGCCCUCAAGUGACACAGAUCUGAUUUAUUUAUUUUUUUGCCAGUCAAAACGCUCCAAGGUAUUUCAAAUCUGAUCUUUUGGCAUCAGGUUCAGGCCACAUCAGGAGGUAGUCCGAUUGGAAUCUGAUCUUUUCAAAUGUGACUUCAGUCUAAACGCAGUGUGACCUCAAUGUGAUUUUUUCCGUCAGCUUUGGGUGAGCUUUGUCACUCGUGUGCGCCGGGAAAGAUUCAGUCGCCAGCGGAAGUGGAUUUUUCAUCACAACAUCUGGUUUCGGUGAGAAAAGUCUAUUUAAGACGACCGAGGGUUAUACAUUUAUUAUAGUGCGCAAAUAAUAGGUUAUAUGUAAUAAGUAAAUAUAUAUUUUGAUUCCGAAGAAAUAGCGAUUGUUGAAGGACCGGAAUUGGCGCUGUGGCUUAUUUGCUUACAUGUGAGUUGAAAAAUAAAGCUCACGUAGAUCCACGCUGAUGUCCGUCUCUCCUCUACUUAACAGCCAUUAAGGGAUUAGACCCCUCCCAAAUAUAUUACACUAUAUACAUCCAUUCAUACAUUAUAUAUAUAUAUAUUUUUUUUUUCACGUUAAAAAAAACACUAAUUUUGGCCAACAGUGUAUACAAAGUCUUAGAAGUAGGUCUCCCAAUACUUUUGUCCAUAUAGUGUACUCUAGUAGCAGGAGCAAAUUGUCUACCGCUGAUUUAAUUACAUUCAAUAAUAGGCUCAUCUCUACGUCAUAACUAGUAAACGUCACUAGAAAAGUAGACUUACUUUCCCAACAAUGUGUAAAUAAGCAUUGACCUUAGAAAAUGACAAUUCAUUUGUAGAAGUACUGUUAGUCCGGGGUGUCAAACGUGAAGCGCCACUGAGGAGGGUUUAGUUAUGUUUGUUAUAUACUGUGUAUGUAUAUAUUUGCCACAAUAUAGAUUGCAGGAUUUGGCAAGUAAUUGAGUAUGUUAAAGCCCUCAAAAAGAUUAUUUAUUUGCCAAAAUGAUAUUAAUAGUAAAGACUAAAAAUUGUUCCCUUUGUCAUUUAUACCACAAAGCUAAACAUUUUUUGCUUAGUAUAAAUUGACCCACGUUGGAUUCGUUUUUAGCAUAGUGGCUCACAGUGGAAAAUGUGUGGACACACCCCUGCUCUGUGUAGUAUUCUCUAAGUCAUUUAUUAUUAACUCUAUGGACCAACUUAGAAUAAUAUAAUGAGCUAUGAUUGUUUACUUUUAUUUCCUGGAUAUAUUUUGACUCCAGUUUGUAAAUACUGAUAGAAAUACUUAAUAAAUAAUACUUCUUAUAUUAGAAGACCACUCAAUGGUAUGAGAUGCCAUUUUAAAAUAAUUCAGCUCUGCUCCAAUUUGGACUUCUGAAGUCGAAUAUAUUGCAAAUAAUCCCAUAGCUCCUCUGAGUAUAUCAACUCUCGGGGGUCAAAUUGGGGUCAUGGCAGAGUGAUUCACAGUCUUGAGUUUUGAGGGAAUGAGCUGUUUGUGCACGAAUGAGGCUUCUUGUGCUUUGUAAAGAUCUUGGUUGGCAUUAUUUACCCUUCAAAAACACAGGAUUUUAAGAGAAUGGAGUGGAUUUUAUUUUUUGGCAGAUGUUUUAUUAACAAAUAUACUGUGUCAUAAAUAAUAAAUGAGA